CUGUCUGUGUUACUGGUUAUAUGCUGCUCUGUCUGUGUUACUGGUCAUAUGUUGCUCUGUCUGUGUUACUGGUUAUAUGCUGCUCUGUCUGUGUUACUGGUUAUGUUGUUCUGUCUGUGUUACUGGUCAUAUGUUGCACUGUCUGUGCUUAUUAUCUGUCUGUAUUGUUAUUGGAUUUGUUUUUCCCAGGGGCUCUGGUCGAAAAUGAUCCAGCUCGCUAAAACCAUCACCUUUACAGAAAUGUUGAUAAAUGUGUACUGUUCCUGUAAAAAAAUAAAACUUAAGAAUAAUAAUUAAAAGGACUGGGUAAUGUAUAGAAUAUCAAGGUUCAGAGUGUAUAACUGGGUAAUGUACAUGUUGAGGUCCAGAGUGUAUAACUGGGUAAUGUAUAGAAUAUCAAGGUUCAGAGUGUAUAACUGGGUAAUGUACAUGUUGAGGUCCAGAGUGUAUAACUGGGUAAUGUACAUGUUGAGGUCCAGAGUGUAUAACUGGGUAAUGUACAUGUUGAGGUUCAGAGUGUAUAACUGGGUAAUGUACAUGUUGAGACCCAGAGUGUAUAACUGGGUAAUGUACAUGUUGAGGCCCAGAGUGUAUAACUGGGUAAUGUACAUGUUGAGGCCCAGAGUGUAUAACUGGGUAAUGUACAUGUUGAGGCUCAGAGUGUAUAACUGGGUAAUGUAUAGAAUAUCAAGGUACAGAGUGUAUAACUGGGUAAUGUACAUGUUGAGGUCCAGAGUGUAUAACUGGGUAAUGUACAUGUUGAGGCCCAGAGUGUAUAACUGGGUAAUGUAUAGAAUAUCAAGGUCCAGAGUGUAUAACUGGGUAAUGUACAUGUUGAGGUCCAGAGUGUAUAACUGGGUAAUGUACAUGUUGAGGUCCAGAGUGUAUAACUGGGUAAUGUACAUGUUGAGGUCCAGAGUGUAUAACUGGGUAAUGUACAUGUUGAGGUCCAGAGUGUAUAACUGGGUAAUGUACAUGUUGAGGCCCAGAGUGUAUAACUGGGUAAUGUACAUGUUGAGGCCCAGAGUGUAUAACUGGGUAAUGUACAUGUUGAGGUCCAGAGUGUAUAACUGGGUAAUGUACAUGUUGAGGCCCAGAGUGUAUAACUGGGUAAUGUACAUGUUGAGGCCCAGAGUGUAUAACUGGGUAAUGUACAUGUUGAGGUCCAGAGUGUAUAACUGGGUAAUGUACAUGUUGAGGCCCAGAGUGUAUAACUGGGUAAUGUACAUGUUGAGGUCCAGAGUGUAUAACUGGGUAAUGUACAUGUUGAGGCCCAGAGUGUAUAACUGGGUAAUGUAUAGAAUAUCAAGGUCCAGAGUGUAUAACUGGGUAAUGUACAUGUUGAGGUCCAGAGUGUAUAACUGGGUAAUGUACAUGUUGAGGCCCAGAGUGUAUAACUGGGUAAUGUACAUGUUGAGGUCCAGAGUGUAUAACUGGGUAAUGUACAUGUUGAGGCCCAGAGUGUAUAACUGGGUAAUGUAUAGAAUAUCAAGGUCCAGAGUGUAUAACUGGGUAAUGUACAUGUUGAGGUCCAGAGUGUAUAACUGGGUAAUGUACAUGUUGAGGCCCAGAGUGUAUAACUGGGUAAUGUACAUGUUGAGGUGUUAGCAUCUGUCACAUUUCACAGGUGUUAGCAUCUGUCACAUUUCACAGGUGUUAGCAUCUGUCACAUUUCACAGGUGUUAGCAUCUGUCACAUUUCACAGGUGUUAGCAUCUGUCACAUUUCACAGGUGUUAGCAUCUGUCACAUUUCACAAGACGGGGAGACUUUUGGUCCAUAUUCUUGCCUGUAACUUGGAAAGAGAGGGUGGAGCUCUUCGUUCCAGUUCAUUCUAUCUCUUCUCUUAAAGCCACAUGCAGUUGUUGAAAGUGUAUUUUUAAAUCAUCAUCAUUGUACGGCUAAUAAAUCACUGUUUAUUUCAU